AGAUUCAACUUGACAGGUUGACACGUGUUUUGAUUUCAGUGCACGCUGCAAUACAUUCGAAGAACUAGCUUAGAAACAAACUCACGGGAGAAGCCUGGUUGUUGUUUCUACUGGGCGGACAUCGUCAGGACUUCUUUCGAAAUGUUGAGGAAAAUCCAAAAUUGGUCACUUUUAAUGACCAUUGUGACGUCGUUGUUGCUGGGGGUAUCAGUCGAGGCGAAGUGUCCUCCUCCAGAAAACAUUUACCCUUGUUCUUGUAGUGAAAACAUUGAUACCUGUUUCUAUUCAUGCAGAGGUCUCGAUAAUAAUUCGUCGUUUCUCGUUUAUGAACAGUUUCGGUCGUGUCCAAAAGUUCGGUUUAGUAUAACUUCUGGAGAAAUGUCAUUUUUACCACACCGUUUCUUUGGUAAGUUUGGUUCUGUCGAGAGUUUCAGCUUAUAUUUAGUACGCUUGAAACUUGAAUACUUAGGUGAAACAUCUUCAGGUUUAUCAGCUUUCGACGGAUUAUCAGUUAAGAACGAGUUUUCUGUUUAUAUGCAAUGGACUGAUUUAGGAAGUAGUUUUGACUGGUCAGCUUUCUCAGCCGUGGACUUUGGACCAGAAGUAUCCACAACUUUUAUUUCCAACAUAUCCGAAUUUUCGGAGUUAAGUCCCGGGUUUUACACAGCGUUUUCAGGCUCUAACAUGAACUCACUAGUUGUGUCAGUUGCUGGUCUAGUGACUCUGGCUGAUGUUCCUUUGGGUCAGUUUUCGUCUUUGGUAAACGUCAACUUUGAAAGAAAUUCCUUAACAGAAAUAAAACGUUCCAACUUUCCAAGACCAGCACCAGAACUGGAGAAUAUUGAUUUGAACCGAAACCAGAUAAGUUUUCUUCCGGAAGAUCUGUUUACAGAUAUGUUCAAACUGAAAUCGGUCGAUAUUUCCAUCAAUCAAAUAUCCGUGUUAACCGAAGAAACCUUCAAACCAAUCUUCACGUCACUUGAUAGACUCAUUGUGAUUGGUUUACCCUUUACAUGUGACUGUCGCCUAGCUUGGAUGAUACCUCACUGGAAAGAAAAGGUCAUUGAUGCCAGUGGAAUGGCACGAACUGUCACGUGCAAAGAGCCUCCUAAUCUUGCUGGGAGACGAGUUCCAGACCUCCAAGCUGAAGACUUGACUUGCUAACUUGGACUGAGAUAAAAUAAACCUUGUACUGUAUGGUGAUAACAAAUAAAGUAUUUUAUC